UUAAUUUUUCAGGGCAGGGCGGCCGCAUAAUUUUUCGCUGAAUGGUGGCCACCAUUUUUUUGGCAUGCUGGCCAAGCUAGCAGCAGAUUCACCCUGAGGGGGGCUCUGGAAAGGGUUUGGGACGAGAUGUCCCUCACCCCGGUUAUUGCCGUUGAGUGCUCCUAAUCGCGAGAUGUCCCAAGUUCUCAGCGAAGGAGCAGCUGCUCAGGGACACUUCCAUUAUUGUUAAUUAAUAAUUAGUAGGUGUGGAAGCAGGCACCAACAUGAAAGCAAUAAAGAGAGCAAUGAUUGAAGAUGUUGCAGAUUCAGAUGUUUCAGCAAGGGCAAAUUUACCUAAACUUGUCACGUUCGCCAGCAGCGACAACGUGCCCGGGGGCGCCAAGUUUGCCUCGUUUCGUAACACGGAGGACGGCUCCCUGCUGCUGACCGCCAACACUGACCGUCUGAGUUACGUCAACAAAUCGCAGCCCGAGCAGCUGAUGCUGGCCGUAGUCAGUAAAUCCACAGGGAAGGCGCGCCUGGUGCCGCUGCAGUCCUUCCACCUAUCCCCGGCCCUGGAGCCCGCGGCGGCCGAGCCGGAGGGUGAAGAGGCUCCCCAGUACACCUGGACAGACGUGGGUCGGGCGUUCGGUCUGGCACGCUGGCAGAAGCAGCACCAGCGCAGCACGCGGCUCGACGUGGGCAGCGGGUCCCGAUCGGUGGCUCAGUCGCUAGAGGUGGCCAUGGACCACGUGAAACCGGCCCAGCCGCCGGCGGAGGGAGACGAAACGCCGACCGCUCCGGACGGCCGGAUGGAGACGGGGCUGGUGCCGCCGCAGAACUUGGAAGCCACAGAGCCGUCCGAGGUUUAUAACAGAGAGGACGUGGUGCCCGGAUGGCUCUACAAAAGACUGCAGAAUACGGCCGAUAAGUUUGACGAAGCGCUGAAGAAACUGGACAGAACCGACGAGUACCUGGUGACCCAAGCGGCGAAAUGGAGGGACUCUGACGAAGAUAAGUUCACUCUCACCAUGUACCUGUUCUACAUGGUGCGCCUGCUGCGCAACCUGCAGGACAUGUACGUCACCAAGUCCUGGAAGCGGCUGAUGAUUCCGGAGCCGGUGCUGGAGCACCUGCGAGACGCCUUCAUGGAGAGGUCCCACAACGGAUGGGACCGGUCGGAGCGCCUGCUGGACAAACUGGCCUGCCACAUCAUAGUGGUGUCCCUCUGGAUCCACGACUACACCAUCCGACUGGAGGAUAUCACUGGUAUCACCAGGGUCAAGCUGAAGAAGCUGGUUCAGUACUGCGCUCUGCUCGGUCUGACCGUGUCGUCAGGCGACAGGGCCAUGCUGAAGCUGCCACUGAAGGUGAAGGCGCCGCCAGUGACUUCGCGACGCACCAAGAGGGUAGCGGCCAUGUGAAAGAAGCGCCGAGCAUUUCGCGGUAGGUUCGCAGGCUGAAUGAUACCUCUGGAGUCCCGGUGAAUAUUGGGACGCCGUGAUAAUGUGAUGUCAGUGAAACUCGAGAGGUCCUCAACGAGUGUUGUUUUCGACAAAGUGUUCGUAUUUUUGUAGGUAGGUAUCUAAAUUUAUUACUGCACUUACCUGCAUUUGAAACGGAUCAAGACGAUCAUGAUCACGGCAUCACCGUGAAGUUGUCGUCUACUCAAUCGGUGGCUGUUGCGCGGCCGGCCCACCGUCCCGGCGUGCACUGACAGUUUUUGGCGCACUGACUGCGGUGACUGCGGCAUGGGCAGCGUAGCCGCUUGCACAUGCCGUGGCAGUUUGUUUAUUUGUUUAUUUCGAUUUAACACCUACGGACAGAUGCCCAGUAAUAUGUGCAGUCUUGUCAUAGAAGUACGGCCUGUUUCACUAGCCAUGUGAACUUGUUGCCCAUGAUGCGUUCAGGAUUACAUGUGUCGGUACAUAUUUCGAGAAUGUUCCGAGCGUCAACCCGUUGGCAUAGAAAAAGGUGUCUUCUCCUGGUUCACAAACGAUUAUAUUGUUAGGUCGACAGAAAUACCACGACGCAGGCUAGUGUUACUCCACCGGAAAGAAGUCAGUCCGCCUUUAAGUGCCAUCUGCGAGCGGGGAGACUCGUGUGCAGUCAUUCGAUCUGUCCCCUGGAGCUCUCAGUUGUCUGACCGGCCACUUGGCCCGUCUCAGUACCUACUCUCAAUCGUCCGACCGACACGAUCAUUGGCGGUGCGGUAAAGGCUGGAGUCGCCUGGUGGAAUAAGCUGCGGGCUCUGUGCGUCCAUAGUUAGCGUCGAAGUCUAAAGAUCAGUGUCUUCUGCCGGUCUGUCUAAGCUGCCUGGUUCAACGACCGCGCGUUUUUCGUAUUCCGCCGUCUGGGGCUAUUGGCUGUGGCUGUGCAGUGUUGUUUUUGUGGUGUGUCUGGGUGUUUCUUGCCUGGGGUCCGAAAAUGCUGAAAUACGAUUUCUAUGAAAAUUU